AUGGAAGAUAGGGUCAAGUGUAUUCUCUUCCUCCUUGAGGAGGAAGCUGAUUCUUUCGCUAAGAGGGCAGAAAUGUAUUACAAGCGACGACCGGAGGUGAUCAGUUCAGUGGAAGAAGCAUACCGGGCAUACAGGGCCCUUGCUGAACGCUAUGACCAUAUGUCAGGGGAGUUACACAAAGCAAACCACACCAUUGCAAUUGCCUUCCCUGAUCAGAUUCAGUAUUCAUUGUUAGAAGAGGACGAUGAUAAUCUUCCGAAGGCUUUUACCACAGUUGAUCGUCGCAAAAUCCACAAGUCAACGGUGGAGGGACUGAUGAAGAAGAAGCAUGGUCAGAAAUCAGGACUGAAGGAUUCAGGCAAGAAAUCUGCAGCUCCAAACAGCAAGGAUAAUGCACAAGCUGAGAUUAGCAGGCUGCAGAAAGAGAUAUUAGUCCUGCAGACUGAGAAAGAAUUCAUCAAAAGCUCUUAUGAGAGCGGAAUUGCAAAGUACUGGGAUCUUGAAAAGCAAAUUAAUGAAAUGCAGGAAGAAGUUUGCUACUUCCAAGAUGAGUUCAAUGAAAGUGCAGCGAUAGAGGAUCAUGAGGCCCAGGCUUUGAUGACAGCCACUGCUCUUAAAUCUUGUGAAGGUGCCUUUAUCAAAAUGCAGGAGCAACAAAAGUCAUUUUUCAGGCAAGCAAUGAUUGAGUCCGAAAGAGUUAAGGUUUCUAGGGAUAAACUGAAGGGUAUCUUCAGAGCACAUGGUAAAUCACUAACAUAUUCAGUAAAUUCUGCAGAUGAGAAUGUCAAUAAUGAUGCCAGUGCUAGGAAAGAUGAAUUGUUCUCCAUGAAGCAGGAGAAAACUGAACUACAAGAACUGGUAGGUAAGAACAGGGGAUACUUUGAGAUGAGCUCUGAUCUUUCUGUGGAAGAUGUUGCAGAGAAAAUUGAUGAACUAGUUAACAAAGUUGUGGAUUUGGAACUCAUGAUUUCAACCCAGACUGCACAGAUAAAUAGGUUGUGUCUAGAAAAUAAUGAGCUGGAGAAGUCAUUGCAGAAAUUGGAGGAAGAGAAAACAGAACAAACCAGUGACCCUGGUGAAUUAAAUGACAAGCUCAAGCAGGCAGAAGAGGAGCUUAUUAGAGUGCAUAACCUUGAGGCAUCCUAUGAUGCAGAAGAAAGAAUAGUCUAUACAAAUUUCACAGAAACAAUAAAUAAUUUCUGUGAUAUUUCACAUAUGCUGCAAUCAUCUCUCAUUGAGCACCAAGCAGUUUCUAGGUGCAUGCUGACUGAUGAAGCAACAGCAUCCACUGACACUGAACCAUCAAGUGUGCAUGGCAAAACAAGCCCAUCAGAAGAUCCUGAGAUGGAUGAAACUGCAAGCAAGGCACAUGUGGAUGGAUUUCCUAAUCGUCCAGACACAUCAGAGCCAAGUAUCUUCCAUGACGAUUGUCAGUCAUCUAGUUGCCACUAUGAGAUUAAAGCAGAAGAGCAUUCUCAUGUAGAUAAAACAGAGGAUUUGUGGUGUUGCGAGUUUGAAGAUAAGUUCAGUACAUCUGCAUCAGUGGAUGUAGGAACAACAGAAAAUGCAGACCAUAAUUUGUCUGCUGACAAUAAUAAUGGAGGACCAGAACAUGUUGAUGAAAUGACUAGUAACAAUGAAAGCAGUGUGCAACCAUAUAUAGUACACUCCCAUGAGAGUGACCCAUUAGAACAGCUGCAUCACAUUUCCCCAAGCAGCCCAGGAGAAAAUGUGAAACAACAGGAUAAUGUGAUGUAUAACUCAACACAGUGUAACAACAUGUCUGAGAGCAGGUCAGAACAGAAUAUGGAGAUGAACGAAGCUGAAGCUUCAUAUAUCACUAAAAAUCCUAGUUCUACUAGUGGGGAAGUUGCAAAUGUUGGAGAUCAAGAGGAUGUCAUGAUUAAUCUGCAGCAAUUGCUUAUGACUGGACUCCAAGAUAAGGAAAAGGUACUAUUAGAUGAGUACACUUCCAUCCUCCGAAACUAUAAGAAUGCAAAGCGAAGGCUUGCAGAAGUGGAAACAAAGAACCAGGAAUGCCUGAAUGAGAUAAGAGCCAUGAUAAGUGAACUAGAGUGUGCCAACGGAAUGAAGGAUGCUGAGAUUCGGUCACUUCGUGAGCUCUUGGAAUCUUUAACUUACAAAGAUGCAUCACAAAGAGAUCAUCAAUUGAAUUCAACCAUGUCCCUAAGUGAGAAGAAUGGAAUGGUUAGGGGCCACCGAAGGACUCCAAGUAUUUUGCAACUUCAUCAAAGGGCACAAAGUGUCUCCUCUAUUCCUAGGAGAACAGAAAAUAAUUCUAGCCUGAAAAAUAACCUGAGUACAAAUUCUUCCAUGGAACCUGAUGCACCACACAAUUAUGUUACCAUUCAAGAAAGCAUUAUCCUGGAGGAUCUCACAUCAACAAAUGCAGUUGAGAUGGAGAAAGCAUCACCACUAGAAGAGAAGUUCAGAAGAAACAUUGAUGCACUUCUGGAGGAGAACCUAGCGUUCUUGAUGAAGUUGAGCAUGUCUUUCCAACAGAUACAAGGAUUUCAGACCAAGUAUGAUCAGCUACAAUCUGAGAUCAGUAAGCUAACAAAUGACAAGCUAAAGCCAAACAAGGACGAUACAAACGAAUACCCUACAGGCUCAGAAAUGGAAACAACAAGAAAGAGGCUAAGAGAACUCAAGAUUGAAUUGCAUGUAUGGUCGGAACAGAAUAUGAUGUUCAAAGGUGAACUCCAGUCUAGGUUUGAUUCCUUAUGCAACCUACAGGAGGAAAUUGAAGGAGCUACGGAAAUGGAUGAAGACACUGAGCACGGAGCUAGAUUCACUUCAUAUCAAGUUGCAAAAUUCCAGGGAGAGCUCCUGAACAUGAAGCAAGAGAACAACAAAGUUGCUGAUGGACUGCAGGCUAGUUUGGAUCAUGUCAAAGGGCUCCACACAGAACUUGAUAAGGUUCUGGCAAAGAUUGACAAGAGCACUAGCUUAUCUGGGCCGAAAGCUAGAAGCACCUGGAGGAAUGCGCCCUCUAAAUCAAAAGUACCGCUGCGGAUGUUCCUCUUUCCAGCCAAGAAAAAGAAGACAUCGUUGUUUGCAUGUGUGAAUCCAGCGAACCUUUCGAAGCAGCACAGUGACAUGGCAUUCUUCACUAAAAUGAGCUAG